CACAACGUAACACUGCUCGGGCGCAUGCGCACAGAGGUUAUCGAAAUAUGGCGGCUAGGUCUUGCUAAAAGUACUGAGAUCUGCUUGAAUUUCGACAAAUUCGCCCAGGUCCAGGACAUACACACAGUGUGUGUAUAUGUGUAUGUUUUGUGUAGCAGUGUUGUGGAGCUGCAGUAGCCAAUGAGCAGCAUGGGCAGGACAGCGCUGAGAGACCAGAAGGAGAGUAAGAAGGAGAAGGCAGGCAGGAGUACUCCUGUCACCACAGGACCUGCACCGGUGAAAGCACCAGAGUCAUUCUCAUGGGAAGAGUAUCUGAAGGAGACAUCAUCGUUACCAGCUCCUCCAAGCUGCUUCAAACAGUCACGCAUCCCUCCAUCAAACGACUUUAAGGCUGGGAUGAAGCUGGAAGCUCGCGACCCUCGUAACUCCACCUCCGUCUGCAUCGCCACAGUGAUGGGCAUAACGGGAAUCAGGCUCCGCCUUCGCCUGGACGGCAGCGACAACACCAAUGACUUCUGGAGGCUGGUCGACUCCUCGGAUAUUCAGCCCAUAGGAACGUGUGAGAAGAACGGAGACAUGCUACAGCCCCCAUUGGGGUUCCGGAUGAACGCCUCAUCAUGGCCCAUGUUUUUAUUGAGGACACUGAAUGGGGCAGAAAUGGCACCAGCGUCUGCGUUCAAAAAGGAACCUCUGAGGCCGUCUCAGAAUAGUUUCAAACCAGGCAUGAAGCUAGAAGCAGUGGACAAGAAGAACCCAUACCUCAUCUGCCCUGCCACCAUCGGUGAGGUCAGAGGUGAAGAGGUGUUUGUGAUGUUUGAUGGAUGGAGAGGCGCGUUCGAUUACUGGUGCCGUUACGACUCUAGAGACAUCUUUCCUGUGGGCUGGUGCGCAGUUACCAAACACAGCCUUCAGCCGCCUGGGAACAGCAUCACCCUGCCCAAGCCGCUGUCUGCACCUUCUUCAUCCGCUUCGUCCUCCUUUUCAUCGUCGCCGUCCAAGCAAACGAGACGCUCCAUGCAGUCAUCAUACCGCCUGCCCACACCGCUGCCCCCGCUGCCCGUGAGGAAGGGCGUGAGGGGCCGGCGACCCAAAAGUGAGACCAUCGCCCUGCUCAAGGCCCUGGCUGCAUCGUCUGAUAUUCAGAGUCCAGGGGCUCACAUGAGUACCACAACAGUGCCCGAAUCUGCCCCACAGCUCAUGCCCCGCCUAUACAAGAAAAGAGGACCCAAACCAGGCAGCAAGAGGAAACCCAAACUACUUCAGAGCUCCUUGUCAGCACCAGCAGGUUCAGACUCCAGACUGUCAUCUUCCCAGGUGUCUAGGGACGGCCUGUCUCCACUGAGCUCUCCAUCCUCCGUGAUGUCCACAGUGUGCGUGUACGUGAAUAAGCACGGGAACUGCGGCCCUCACCUGGACCGUAAGCAGGUGCAGCGGCUGCCAGAUCACUUCGGACCCGAGGCGGUGAACCUGGUGCUGCAGCAGACUGUGCAGGCGUGUUUGGACUGCGCCUAUCAGCCCAAAGUGCUGCUGGGUUGUCUGCAGAAUCAACCAGACGGGGGAGAGGUGGUGCGAGUAAGGACAGACGGAGGGACACGGAUGGUAAGGCUGCCAUCGGCGUCCAGUGCCGUGUUUGUUUUACGUUUCCUGGAGAAAGUCUGUCGACACCUGCAGUGUGAUAACCUGUUCAGCAGCCAGCCGUUCAGCCCCUACAGCAGCUACGACAGGAGCAAGUCAGUGAAAGAGGAGAUGUUAGAGGCUCCGGCACUAAACAGAGGAAUAAAGCGAAUCUCUCGAGAUUCUCCACCCUACUCUGCCCCUCUCUCCCCAAAGAUCCUCCACACAGAUACACACCCUUCCGAAGCUGAGACUCUGCCUCCAGAAGAAAACGGUUUGUUGAAAGAGCAACGCUUCAUGGACUCCGCCUCCAACUCUAUGACACCCCGCCCACAGACUCUACGCAGCACCUCCGAAUACCAGUCCCAACCCAGCAGUCCGUACUACCAUGGCAACGGCCCUCCCUUGCGCCGCCACGCCUCCAACCCCCUGACUCGUAAUCACAGAAGGGUAGAAGCUGCCAGCUCCACUACAGGUCCAGAUGCAGCAGCGACAGAGUGCGAGACUCCCAGAAUUCCCAGCGGCCGAAGCCCUUCUUCCUGGUCCAUAGAGGAAGUGAUGCAGUUCGUGCGAGACGCAGACCCAACGGCAUUGGCGCCACAUGCCGAGCUGUUCAGGAAGCAUGAGAUUGACGGUAAAGCCCUGAUGCUUCUGCGGAGCGACAUGGUGAUGAAGUACAUGGGCCUAAAGCUCGGCCCCGCCCUCAAACUUUGCUACCAUAUUGAGAGACUCAAACAGGGCAAGCAGUGAGGACUAAACACACGUAAAUACAAACACCGAAACACAAACAGUAACAGAAUUAAACACAGGCUUCUAGGUACCGUACAGUACUGGUCGGAUUUACAGUACAUGUAUGGGAUUAAGCUCAGCAGUACUGAAUUAGGCUUUGAUGACUGGAUAAAGCACCGUGCCAGACAUGAGGGGAACUAAGACAGAGAGCCACAGACACGUGCUGCUUUUCAUCCAUCCCAAGCACCAAACAAAGCCACAGACAGAUGAGAAGGAACGAAGGACAGAAGACUCAAGUGGGGAUAAACUCUGGGAUGGAUACAGCAAGAGAUCUGGGCAGCAAUAAAAAACAGUCCCAUACACACUAACUGCCACUGAGAGAGAGAGAGAGAGAGAGAGAGAGCGAGCACUGAGUGGUGCAGAAAUGGACUCCAUAGAUCUAAACAUAUUGUUAUUUUAUUACGUACAGGUCUAACGGUCCUCGUCUAACCCACAGAACCACAGAACAGUGUGUGGCUCUGUUAUGACUGUAUCAUGCACAAUAAGCAAAGCUAAAAACUCAUAUAUUAUAUAUAUGUGCAUCUUCCUGUCUCUUUUUUUUUUUUUUUUUUCCGUUCCUCUCAACAUUCUACUCUAUCUCACAGUAUUUUCCGUUUCCUUUUCUUCUGGUUCAGAUCCUUAAAAAAAAAAACAAAAAAACAAUCUUUUUAAAAAAAAAAAAAAAAAUUCCUAUUCGCUAUGAUUACUGCAUAGGUUGGUGUGUGGAGAAUCACACGUUUCUUCUCCCUACCUACCCUCCUGCUUGUGACACAGAGACCGUCCACUAGAUUCACUGCUGUGAAAACCAAACGGCGCUGCAGAUCGUUUCAUCUGUUUUCAUUUUCGUUUCAUUUGUUUGUGGUUUAUUUUUUGAUACAGUCGCCAUGCUGUGUGCUUUUAUUUAUACGUUUAUGUCAGUGUCUAGCGUGGGGUAUCUGAUAAAUUGCCCCCUAUCUCUAACCUCUUCCUCAUCUUAAACCUCAAAUCCCAGUAUUCGUCAUAUAAUACAGAAAUUUAUGUAUUUUGUAGUAGAGUAAAAAAAACCCAUAAAUCAGUUGUAGAUGAUUUGCUUGUUAAAAUAAAUUGUAUUUUAUUAAUAAUUGUAAGUCACAUUUCCACCCGGGAAGGUGGAUAUAAAUACGGAUGUUUCUGAUGUGAUUUUAAUCUCCCUGCAGUUCGUUCGUGUCAGUCUGACGCAUUAGGCUGCGUUCACAACGACGUUUUGCUAUCGGCAAUGAAAGAAAGCGAAGAAAGACGAUUGAAAAUCUUCAGAUCUAUAAGGUGAUGAUUUUAGCUUAAAGAUAAGAGUCUGGCCUCAGAACAGCAUCUAAAUGAGAAAUACCACAGGUUUGCUCACCUUCAUCGCUCUCUAGAUUAAUACGUUAGAUUUAAAGUGCUCCUUAUUACAGAGUACUAAGGAGUAUUUUUUAUAUAUAUAUUCUAACAGACUAGCCCGUUGUUAUAUGGAUUUUUUUUUUUUUUUUUUUUUUUUUUUAACUGUUCUUGAGACCAAAAAAUCGAGCAUAACCUUUCAGGUAAAUGUGUGUGAACAUCAUGAGUGGCAUCACUGUUUUUUCUUUCUUUUUUCUUUCAAAAAAAAAACAUUGAUCUAGAAACCAAAAACAAACAAACCAGCAGAUUAGUUCUGUUUUUAGGAUGUUUUUGUGAAAGCAGCCUGAUAUAUUCAAAAGGUGUGUGUGUCUGUGUGUGUGUCUGUCUGUCUGUGUGUGUGUGUGUGUGUGUGUGGGGGCGGUCUGGGAAACCCGAUGCCACCACAGAUGAUUUCUGGUAAAUACUUUGACAUCUCAAAACGUACAUAUUUUUGACAGAAACAAUAUUUUUUACUUAUGUCAAAGCAGACCACUGUUUUUUGUUGUUGUUUUUUAACCACUUUACACAGUGGUACAAACUGUCACUAAAAAAAAAACUUGCUUAUCCAUGCGUCAUUCUCAUGAGGUGCCAAUAUUUAUGGUUCAGCUGUAUCAUUUGCUGAUUUUAUUUAUUUAUUUUUUUGCUCUGUGCUACGAUGGUUUAGGGGAGACACCUGAAAACAAGGUUUAAAAAAAAAAAUUCCCAAACAGAGCAAAGUCAGUUUACUGAAGAGAGAAAAAAAUUUGAUUGCUUGAUAGAAUUAUUUCUUUACCUUUAUUUUAUAUCUUUUUUUUUUUUUUUUGAACCAAUAAAACACUCCGAUUGUUUGUUUUUUGAUUAUGCUGCUAGCACAAGAGUCACAUGGUCCGCUAAAGUAUGCUAGUUUUUUGUUUCCUUCCUCUCUCACUCUCUGCUCAAAUUUCCACACACUGACUGUAACAUGUCCACAGUUUUCAAUUUUGGUUGUAACCAGACUUUGAAAUGUUAUUUCUGCUUGUUAGAAACGUUAACAUGUGAAGGGUUUUCCUAGGCCGCCUCACCAGAACGUCAAGGUUGCUGUCGUUUUUUUUUUCCCGUUAAAAUAAUCAUGUCAUUUGUUAUGGUUAAAUCUUCUUCUCGUCUAAACAUUUGCAUGCAUAUUUUUCAUUGUGUAUGUUCUUAUUACGCAGACAGGAUCCUCUGUGUUUUAUUUGGAUACAGUCCUCCCAGCCUUUAUUCCCAUCCUGUCGUCUUCAAACUCCUCCAAGUUUUAAAGGGACAUGUUUUAUAUCGUCACGAUCGUGGAAAAGGCAAUCCACGUCACUCUUACGUCACAAAAAAAAAAUACAGCGUGACACAGGGUUCAUCAGUGUAUUAUGGGUUUCACCAUAAAAUGCAGCAGCAGGAAUGUACGUUUUUGUAGAAAAAGAGAUAUUUUAAACUGAACAUAUUGUAUAUGGAAGUAGAAAAUGUGAAGCUUUCGGGACGGGGCGAGGCGAGGCUGUCGUCAUCGUCGUCAAUCUCGUACUGCCUUCGGAUACUUUAUACUGCUCUUCGAUAUCUGAUUUGUCCGUCGCUUUUCCUUUUGAGAUUUCUCAGGUUUGUAGUAGUAAUUGUUCGAAGUCUGCUUUUGUAGCGUAGCAUUUCAGUCCGUUUCACCUUUUUUUUUUUUUUUUUUCCUUUCUUUCUUUUUUCCAUUUGUAAAUUUCUUGUGCCAUAGUUAACUAAUCAUCAGUGCUAUUUUCAAAACAAAAAACAAACAAACAAAAAAAAAACACCCAAUGUGUAGAUUUAACAGAAGCUCAAAACACUUGUUAAGAUGUGAAUAGACAUUUUUAAUGUAACUUUUUAAAAGUAAUGCACCCUCCAUGUACACACUUUUCCACAUUUUAAAUGAUACAAAUAAGAAUAAAUAAAUAAUUUAAAAACAUGGCCAUCUUCUUUUUUUUAUUUUCUUUUCAUUUAGUCCUUAACACAUUGCUCAGUUAUUUACAAAACAUUUAAAAAAGAAA